GAAAACAAACUGAGCAUUGUAUCCAAAAUAUGGCCGGUAAAAAUGAAAGCGUCUUGCGAAGCCAAACACAAUCCCGCGGAUUAGGCCCGUCAUCCCGCUUGUGCAGCUCAGCCUGGAUGUUCUUGAUAUCAUAAAGUCCGCCGCUGUUACUCUGCUCAGGAUUGAUGACUUCUGUUUUUGUCUGGUGUGCUGUCCACGUAUACAGCACAGGCCAAGCAGUCCUACCAGGUCAAUACAGUAUAACCCAGCUGUCAAGUUGAGCUGACCCACCAAGUAAUACAGUCGAGUCUAACCGCCCUGGAUGUACCUUUGGGUGUUCCCGCAUCUGUUUUGUCUCAGCGUCAUCACAGAAACUCUCAAGCGAUUGCUAGCGAUGGGGAAAAACAAAAGGGGCGCGGAUGUGAGUUAUGUCAACUUCAUCAAGAGAGCAGACACAGACAAACUUAGGGAAAUAUUCAACAAAUAUGCAAGCAAAGAGAUCGCCGGGGAGAAGUUUCUGUCGCCAGAUGACUUUGUGCGGCGUUACCUAGGCUUGCUCCGUCAUGAAAACCACAACGAGGAGACUGUCACGCUGUUGGCGAAUAUUGUGGACACGACCAAAAAUGGAUUGAUCUCAUUUGGAGAGUUCCAAGCAUUCGAGUCAAUCCUCUGUUCUCCUGAUGGAUUGUAUACCACAGCCUUUCAGCUCUUUGACAAGAAUGGGAGCGGAUUCGUCACGUUUGAUGAGUUCCAAGAAGUGCUGAAUCUCACUCUCCUCCAACAUGAUAUACCGUUCAAUUUCGACUGUGAUUUUAUCAAACUCCACUUUGGCAAGCACAAAAGUCGGGCGGUCGGCUAUCAGGAGUUUACACAAAUCCUUCAUGAUUUCCAUGAAGAGCACGCCCUGCAAGCUUUCCAAAGAUUCGACCGUCACGCAGCUGGCUACAUCACGGCAGUCGACUUUGAAAGCAUCAUGAUGUUAUGUAAAAGCCACCUGCUCACACCGUUCGUAAAAGAGAAUCUUAUAGCUAUCGCUGAUAUUCGUCACAAGAUUGCUGGAGGAGAGAAGGCUCGAUCAGUCAGCUUUCCGUUCUUCGUUGCGUUCAUUUCGCUGUUGAACAACAUGGAGCUGAUCAAAAAGAUAUACAUGGGCGUAGCGAGAGGCAACCCAAAAGCACAGCUGACGAAAGGUGAAAUGCUCCAUGAGGCUCAGAAUUUCACACAGAUUACACCAUUGGAGAUCGAGAUAUUAUUCCAAAUGGUCGAACUUGGCCACCAGAUUGGAAAAAUCACUUACAAAGAUAUUCUUGCCCUGGCUCCGCUCGAGGAGGAGAAAAUGCCGUACCGGAUGCAAGUUGUUGCUGUCCAGGACGCAGUGGAGGACGCUGCUGCAGGACAUGGGCGUGGCGUGCUCGUCCAGAUUCUAGAGAGUGGUUACAGGUUCUUUCUUGGUGGCAUUGCUGGAGCGAUUGGUGCUACAUGCGUCUAUCCUAUCGAUCUCGUGAAAACGCGACUCCAGAACCAGCGCAGCGGCUCGUACGUUGGGGAAUUGAUGUACAAAAACAGCUUCGAUUGUUUCAAGAAAGUUGUGCGGUACGAGGGUUUCUUUGGUCUUUACCGAGGCCUGUUGCCACAGCUGGUUGGUGUCGCGCCCGAAAAGGCUAUCAAACUGACGAUGAAUGAUUUUGUACGAGACAAAACCACGUCGAGUGAUGGAGAAAUUCCAUUUUGGGCUGAAAUGUUGGCUGGUGGUUGUGCUGGAGGCUCUCAGGUGAUGUUCACAAACCCGCUCGAGAUUGUAAAAAUCCGCCUCCAAGUUGCUGGCGAAAUCGCUAGUCAAAAGCGUGUUGGUGCCAUCUCGGUUAUCAAGGAUCUUGGAAUCUUUGGACUAUACAAAGGCGCUCGAGCAUGCUUCCUACGUGAUAUUCCUUUCUCGGCGAUCUACUUUCCAGUUUAUGCCCACGGGAAAGUGUUGCUUGCUAAUGAGAAUGGCUAUAAUGGACCUAUUUCACUUCUGGCUGCUGCUACAUUUGCUGGUGCACCUGCUGCCUCGUUGACGACGCCUGCCGAUGUGAUAAAGACGCGGUUACAGGUGAAAGCCCGCGGAGGACAGACGGUGUAUAAUGGUGUCUUUGAUGCUGCGCGGAAGAUCUACGCCGAGGAGGGAAUGAGAGCUUUCUGGAAGGGCGCACCAGCUCGAGUUGUCCGAUCCUCACCCCAGUUUGGUGUCACACUAAUGACGUACGAGGUAUUACAACGAGUAUUCUACGUGGACUUUGGUGGAAGGCGACCAACUGGAUCAGAAACUCUGUCGAUUGAAGAGCAGCUCCCGAAAAACCCGGAUCACAUAGGAGGGUACAAACUUGCUUUAGCAACUUUCGAAGGAAUCGAAACGAAGUUUGGAAUUCAUUUACCAAGAUUCACGACCACAGUGAAAAGCACAUGAAUUUGAACUAAAAGUAGGCAAUAUUACAGUGGUUUCAGCUCUGACUGCAGUGAUAUGCACCUGAAUUUGAACUAGAAGUAGGCAAUAUUACAGUGGUUUCAGCUUAUAGGUUUGAAGGACAGCGACAUUUCAGAACUACGAACAUAAGUUUGUUUGUGUCAUUCUUGACUGAGGGCUACCAGAAGUACAGAGAGCCAUAGCAUCUGGUGCGUGGUUUUGUUCUUGCCUUGCCCCACUGGCAGUUCAACAAACUCUGGUGGGCCUCACUCCACAGGCAAUUCAACAACUUUGUUCAGUGGACCUCACCCCUCUAAUGUGAUAUUGGUUUCUCAAGACUGAGGCUGUGCGUUGAUGUCAAAAGGACUUCAUGAUGAAAAAAUCUUCAAAAUGUUUUAAUGAUGCUAUUGUAUAAUGUAUUUUUCUUCAUAUUGUAAAAACAUUCAUGUGAUGGUAGCAUUAAACAGCUGAUUAGAAUGAUCAGAGAACUUUGCAAUAUUAGAUCUCGAGCUCUUCACUAAGUGGAUAUUGUCAAGAACCUUUUCCAGCGCUUGCGGUAAAAAACUUGCAUCGCUCUCAUGCAAGAAAAUGUCAAACCAAUCAAUCAGUGGAGGAUUUUCCUUUAAUCUUUUGUGAUUGGUGCGUUUGCCAAAGCAAAUCAGAGUGGUUAGUCGGUAGAUGGGUGAUCAAGAAACAACAACUUGGAAUUUCCUCUGUGGAUUGGUUGGUUUGACAUCUUUUGUAUUGGGGAUGAUGAUUCAUGUUGCAACAAGCAGUAUCAAUCACAAUUUUUCAAUGCCUGUGGGUUAUGAUUCUACUCACACAAUAGUUCAAUUACAUGUUUGAAGAAAUCAAAAAUGAUCGACAUUUUACUAAUUUGGGUGGUGUCAUAUUUACUAAUUCAUAAGAUGUUAAAUUUUUUGAUAAUUUAUAUAAAUAUUCUUAACUCUUGUUAGUAGUAUAUGACGUCUGCAUUCGUACGUUUUUGACUAGUUGCCAGUUUGUGUGCGUAAGCUGGACCAUUCGCUGUAUAAGUCAUGUCAACCAAUUCUUCUGAGGCAGUGGUACUGCGGACCGUCUAAGUUUCGCUGGUGUUUUAUUUCUGCUGAUUUUGCAAACAACGUUAAUUGAUCAAAAAAUUAAACUAAAGGUGUGAAGAUAUGGUGGUCUACGUACGGUAUAUUCGUUGUGUCAAUUAGACCACUUGUUUUACUCUUGUGUGGCUGCUCUGAAGUCAUUAUCACGUUUGUAUAGCUGCAUGAGCGGAUGCUACUGCAGCCUUCUCCUAGACAAAUUUCUUUGCUAGGGUGCUGUCACCAUAUUUUGGACGUGACAGAAGGGCGUAUUAGUCAUGCACUGUGUCAUAAUGAAGUCUGCCUCAUCUGUUCGAGACUUACGGGAGACUUUGGAUGACUUGACCGAAUAUGGCCACUGUGUUGUUCUUGUUAAACUCUUUGCAUGUUGCGAUAUUUGUAAGAUAUGUGAAUAGAAUUAUUUGUAAAAAUAUUAGGGCCAAAUGUUGACAAAUUAAGCUUGGCUAAAUUUGCUUUUAUAAAAAGGAUUGAAUGAAAAGAUAGAUGUUAGAAUAUUCUAGAAUACAAGCAGCGGCUGUGGUGUAAUUGUAGUCGCUUGGACUCUCAAGCAGCAGUCAUGAGGUGCCUGGUUUGAACCCCACUGUUGGCAUGAGACUCUUGGCAGGUCUCUUUGUCAAACUUGUCUUUCUCUGCCCAGGUUUAUAAAUAGGUUCUGGUCUGAAUGUUUGGGCUGAUUGAGCAGCUCAUCAGAGUUCUACUGAAAGAUUUCAGGAAAUACCAGGCUUAAAGUGUGAAGUCGAAUGAUAACCUUUACGUAGUUGACUAUUAACAAAAAUAUUAAACAUAACUUAGAAUGUGAAUAAGCAGCCAGGCUGUAUCAUAUUAUAUUGAAUGGAGGAACAGUUUGGUGUGAAUUGAUCCACGAUGUACAGGUGUUAACAGUUUUUGUAAAAAGAGUGAACGUAGGACUUUGUGUUUUAGUGAGAAUUAAAUAAGGGCAAUAACUGAUAAGAGAAUUGUAUGCAUUGGAACGUCAUUUCACCCUCGACUGACAAGACCAUCUAAUAUUUAUUUGGGGAAAAAUCAUAGGAUACGUUUAGAAAAUAACCCUUUUGAUAACUUUUUCACGAAUAAAGAAUAAAACUUCUGGAUUUAGGCACACAUCUGGCAAAUGAUGGCGUCAUGAGGCAAAUAGCGACUAACCUUGUAGCAUGAAGAAAUGCUCAUCCGGCCUUGGAUAAGGAAUGCUCUCCAGAGAAUAACACCUUCAAGGUUGAGAGUGAAUGCUGAAAAAGAAGAAGGCACACGCAUGAGUUCUCAAUUGAAUUGUCUCCAUCUCUUUAAUUCAUCACCAUGAUGAAUCAAUAGCAAGUCCUAUGCCAGAAGCUUGGGGUUCCCAAUUCAAUCAAACUGUGUUUAAGUUGUUCUGGAGUAACGUACUUUUGUCCUUAGGAUUUUUUGAUACCGGUAAUCGACACCUCAGAUUGACUUUUGUCUUGCCUGAUCAACAAACACUGCAUUGGUAAAAAAUAGCGCUCCAAUUGAGUUGGUUCUGACAAAAAUCAUCAGACGCCGUACAAAGACUUCUGUGCAAUAUAUCGGGGGAGUGAGAAGACUCGUACUGAGUUAAGCAUGUGAUUUAAUAAAUUUUCACUAAAACGGCUUUUAGAAGAUUUGCGCCCGACAUCUUCAGAUAUUAUAUUGGGCAUUUGGAAAUGACUAUAGAAAAGUAGUUGACUAUAUUAGUGGAAUGUGCCAUCAUAGAGACUUCAGAUGCUCUUUCCUAUCCAUGUUUGUUGCAAUAUAAUACGAACCCAGCUUUUAUUAGGGGUUUUAUUUUUGCAAUAUUUGUGCACUAUAUCAAAAGUAGUAACAAAAACCUAUUACAUAUACAGUGGGAACUCUGUGGACACCUCUGAAAGCAGGACGCCCUCUCUAUUGAGGACACUGCAUUUGUUCCCAAAUUGCUCAUUUUCAUUCAGUUUUACCUCUGUAUUCAGGACUCCUCUCUAUAAAGCCCCGAAGGAAAGCAAUUCCCAUUCCCAAGGGUGUUUCUUAUAGCUAGGUUCUACUGAUAUAUCUAUUCAUCCGAAAUUGGUCUUGUGACGACAAAGUCCCCACUGGAGGCCAAGUGAGAUCACUACCUACGACUUCUUCUUUGAUUUGUUUGACUUUAAGGUGUACUCGAGAAAGAAGUGACAGUUUUAUCCUUCCUUGCCUGCACUAUUGAAAGAUAUUUCUGUAUUCACCGUACACAAUGGUUUUGUAAGAAAUUAGCCUGGUGCUUGAUAUAAUGAAUGUCCUUAUUGUCAUCAUUUGGAAAUAUUAAAUUAUCAAUUGCCAAA